CAUGUCCGAUACGUUGUUUUGCAAACGACCCGGAACUCGCGCGCCGUUCCACGUACGAAAAGCAAAUGGGAAACUUUUACUUUCGCGCGAGAUACUAAAACUUAUUCACAUUUCUCCGUUUAUGUGUGGACGUGUGUGUGACAAUAAUAUGUAUUAGUGUCAGGUUAUAAAAAUACAUUAUUUGCUUAUGAUUGAAAGAGACAAUUGCAAAAUGUUUCUAUGUGUGUGCCUUGUAAUUUGGAGCGGUGCCCUCGUGCCGGCUCUGGCUCAAGGUGAUCGGCUUUGUGGCCACCCGGCAGUGCCACCCAACGCAAGGGUUUCGUUGCCCGUCGAUACCAAAAUUGUUCCUGGAACAGUGGCAACGUAUGAAUGCGAUGAAGGUUAUGAACUGUUCGGGCCAUACCAAAGAGAAUGCACGCUGAGAGGCGACUGGACUGCAGAACCACCAUUUUGCGGUACAAACGUCGCCUUUAGAAAGCCAGCAAAUCAGUCGACAACAGUUAGAGGAGGCAGCGCAAGUAAUGGAAACGAUGGUGAGAAGACCACGGAACACGAUGGCAAGCGAUGCACAGAAACCCAGCGGGAGGCAUCCCCAUGGUGGCAAGUGGAUCUCCUUCGACACUACGCUGUCAAAGUGGUCAGAGUUACGACGAGAGGAUGCUGUGGUCAUCAACCAUUGCAAGACCUUGAAAUCCGGGUAGGAAACAGCAGCAGCGAUUUGCAGCGAAAUCCUCUUUGCGCAUGGUUUCCAGGAACAAUGGAUGAAGGAGUAACGAAGACAUUCACUUGUGCUCGACCUCUCAUCGGACAACAUGUGUUCCUGCAACUCGUCGGAGUCGAAGGCUCUCUAUCAUUAUGCGAAGUCGAGGUCUUCACUACGGAAGAAUUCUCGAACGAUCGAUGUGCACCCGUCGGCUCUUCGGCAGACAUAGAGUUGGCUGCUUUUUCUAGAAACUGUUACGAAUUUAAUGUGGCGAAAGGUGCUUCUUUUGACGAAGCAAGGAAACAAUGCCAGGCACACGGCGGCGACCUUAUACACGGAUUUCAGGGAGCGACAUCUAGUUAUCUUAUUCAGGAAUUAGAGAGACGUAAGACUCAGUUGAAAACACAACUUGUCUGGAUCGGCGCUCAAAAAGAACCUGGACUUACCUCCAGGACUUGGAAAUGGGUCGACGGUGAAAUGGUCUCAAAACCGACAUGGGGGAAGGAUCAGCCAAACAACUAUAACGGAGAACAGAACUGCGUGGUGCUGGAUGGUGGACGCGCCUGGUUGUGGAACGACGUGGGCUGCAACCUCGACUAUCUACACUGGAUCUGCCAGUACCUACCGCCAUCCUGUGGAAGUCCUGAUAAACUUUUGAACACGACUAUCGAGGGAACCAGUUAUCAAGUAGAAUCUUCGAUAGCCUACAAGUGCCCAGAGGGUCACAUGCUCAUCGGAGACAAAACCAGAACGUGCAAAAGAGACGGAUUCUGGUCCGGCGCUGCUCCCAGUUGCAAAUACGUUAACUGUGGUGGCCUAACGUCCAUACAAGAUGGAGAAGUUAGUUUAGUAGAUGGUCGCACAACUCACGGUGCUCGAGCUAUUUAUUCUUGUAAAGAAAACUACACACUCGUUGGAAAUGAAGAAAGGCACUGCGUUGAUGAAGGUAUCUGGGACGGUGAAGCACCAAAGUGCCUGUUCGACUGGUGUCCGGAUCCACCGCCGGUGUCCGGGGCUACCGUGAACGUCAGCGGGCACAAAGCUGGCUCGUUAGCGACAUAUAUGUGCCAAAAUGGCUUCAUUCUCUUUGGACAACCGAGUGUAACCUGUAAUCUCGGUGGUAUAUGGUCAGGUACACCGCCUUCAUGCAAAUAUGUAGAUUGUGGAACACCGGCUCAAGUUCACAAAGGCUCAUUCGUUUUACUCAACGGUACUACAACUUAUGGAUCAGUUGCUCAGUUCAACUGUGAAUCUGACUACUGGCUUGCUGGAGCUGAGGUGUUAACGUGUAAUCGAGAUGGAAAAUGGUCUCAUGAUAUACCUUCUUGCGAAUUAAUUUCCUGCCCGGAUCCAGAAGUGCCUGCUGGAGGUUAUAUGGAGGCGUACGACUACAACGUACAUUCAACGAUCGAUUUCCAUUGCGAAAAGGGACACAAGCUUGUUGGUGAGCCGAAUCUAACGUGCCAGCCAGAUGGCGAAUGGUCCGGUGAAUCUCCAAAGUGCGACUACGUGGAUUGUGGCAAAUUACCACCUCUUCCAUACGGCUCAUCGGAAUUGUUGAACGGAACUACGCAUUUGGGCAGCGUCAUACAAUACGCUUGUACAACCAACUACAGGCUUGUGGGCUCCGUUAGAAGAGUAUGUACAGAGGAUCAUCAGUGGAGUGAUUCCUCUCCAAGAUGUGAAGAAAUAAGAUGUGCCGAACCAAUAGUUGCUGAGAAUAGUAUAGUAUCCGUGACCGGCAAUGAUCGAAUGCACGGACGGACGCUCAUCCGUACAUCAGGCAGUACCAAUAAUGGCAAUACGUAUCGCAUUGGAGCACUCGUGAAGUAUCGCUGCGAGCGUGGAUAUAAGGUAGUGGGCGAGAGCCUUUCAACAUGCGAGGAUACAGGACAGUGGAGUGGAAUUACACCGAGAUGCCAAUACGUUGAUUGUGGAAAUCCCGGGCGCAUUCACAAUGGAAAAGUCACACUUGCGACGAACGCAACUUAUUAUGGAGCUGCUGCACUUUAUGAGUGUGAUGAACACUGGCAGCUCGAUGGCGUAUCUCGAAGACUAUGCCAGGAUAAUGGCACUUGGAGCUCAGAAGCGCCAGUUUGUAAAGAAAUAACUUGCACAGAUCCAUCAAUUCAGAUCAAGGGUAGCACUGGCUUAUUAGUUGUCACAUCAACUCUUAGCAUAGGUGGAGAAGCGCACUAUAGAUGCGAAAGAGGUUAUAGUAUUAAAGGAAAUCAAACGAGAACCUGUCUGCCCAAAGGCCAAUGGAAUGGAACUCCACCAGUAUGCAUACCUAUAGAUUGCAAGUCACCAGGAACUAUCGAAAACGGACGAAUUAUCAUAUCGAACACUUCGACUCUAUUUGGAAGUUCAAUCGAAUAUCACUGUUUGCCGCAAUACCAACGAGUUGGACCUUUCCUACGAAAAUGUUUAGAUGACGGUAAAUGGUCUGGUGAAGAUCCUCGAUGUGAAUUGACAACUAAUGAAGCAGCGGAAAGUGGCGCAUUACCAUUGAGCGUUGGCGUCGGCUGUGGUGUCGUUCUAUUUUUAUUGAUGUUGCUGGGAGUUAUCUAUCUGAGACUUCGUAAGGCGACACCAGUCAAGAAUACAGAAAACAUUGAAGGAGCCGAGCGAAAAGAAGAUCAAAAUGCAGCUGUUAUGAGCUAUGCUACUCUUCACGACUCAAAUGGCAGACAUAUUUACGAUCAUGUGACUGACAACCUCUACGAUUCUCCAUACAGUGAGAGUCUAGCAGAAAAUGUGGCGUACGGAAGACGAAGUGACACGGACUCCGCGUAUGAGCCUGAACCUACUGGUCCCAGUGCAGUGGUCACUAUUAACGGAGUCGCCGUUCGUUGAUAGGAAGCUGAUUAGUGUUUAAGAAUGGAAAAUUUGAUGAUUAGGCUUUAAGGUAGUGAUCUAUGAACUAUUAAAAAAAUCAGUGCUAUAUUGAUUGUACAAGAAAGUUUUUGCCAAGACUGGGUAACCAAUAUGAAUUAUCCAAAAAAAUGCGAAAUGACAGUUUUAGAUUCUCGUGAACCUAAUUCGAAAACGUCACCUAGUCGUUUCAGGUACCUUUAAUACCUUUGAUUGCCUUCAAUGCCAAUAUAACUGCCAAAAUGUUACCUCUCAUCAUUUUUAUAUGAAACUUGAUUCGUAACACAGCAACCAGAAUGGUUACCAAUGUUUUAUGAAAAUUUCCACCCUAAGCGUACUUUAGUUGCAAAACGACAGAACAUGAUACAGCAAUCAAUUUAUAAGCAGUUUGUUAUGUAGCAUUAAUGAUAUACCCUUACAAGGUUAAUUGUCACAUAGUGAAUUCUUAGCUUAAAUUAUUUAACAAAAACUGUGCCAAUUUUAAUCGGUUUAAGUUUAGAUCGAAUAAACAGAAAUUGUUGAAUGUAACAAGUUGUAAAUAGAAUCUGAUUGCUCUAUAAAUUAUAGGAUCUAAAGUGCGCUUAGAAGUAAAGCGUAAAGUAAAUUAAAAUUCAAGUUAAAGUUUUUAAUUAUUCCAAACGUAUGUGUUCAAAGUGAUCACCAACCCUUACUAGGUAUUUAACCAAAGAUGUAAAAAGAGUUGGAAAUUGUAUGAAGUAUAUUAAUAUUUAUGCUAGAUUAUGAUUGCUGUAUAGUAUUCAGUUUUUCUUAAGUUUUACUUCGAGUUUCGACAACGGACGGGAUUGCAUCGAAUUGCGAAGACUUAAGUCGGCUCAAGAUGAAAAAGUGGGUUUGUUUUAAUUUUCAUAAUAAAUGCCUAUAAUAUCCAUAGUACCUGUAUUUUUUAACUUUUUAUUUAUAGUCGUAAAGAUGAUAAAACACUUUGAUGACUAUUUUUUUAUUAAUUUUGGAGGCAUUUUAUUUAUACCUAAAUCGUUUUAUUAUGAAAUAUAUCGUGAUCUACUUUCGAUAAUAGACUGCAAGAAUGUCUCCGCUUAGUGACGUCGCGCUUUUAAUCCACUGAGGCGAUUGGAGACGCUAUCCUAUUUUAAUUAGUCUUAAAUGUUGUCGUCAGUGAUAAAUAUUUAUAUAAUACAAAAAUAUUAUGUAAAAAUAACAUGGAGCUUAUAUCCUUUCAAAUAAAAUAAAUAAGUAAAACAAUCUAAUAAAUUAUAUCCUUUUCAAUAUAGUAUUCGCAUCCAAUGACUCGAUGCCUAAAGAUAAAAAGAUGUGAUGAUGAUAAAUUGAUGAUGAUCACGAAACGAAAGUGUAAUGUUCAUUUAUCGAAGGUAAAAUAAGAGACGAAAUGACUUUUGAAAAUUAUUUUUAUUGUUAGCAAGUAUGAACAAAUCGUCAAAUUAUUACGAUUUGGGACACCAGUGAGAGACAAUAGAAUUGUUUAGAUCAUUUUUAAUUUCUGCAUAACUAAUACUUUUCCUUCCUUGUUUAAUAUUUUAAUUAUUACUGUGUAGAUUGCUUGAAGAAAAAAAUAUUUGUUUAGCUUUUGCCUCUCACUAGUCUCACUUAAAAACCAAUACAUAAUAUCGAAAACGUUAGACAUAAUUUAAAUUAAAUGAAUUUUAAAAUACAUCUAAUCAAGUACACAUUUUAAUUAAAAUAAAUAUUAUAAUAACAUAUCAAUUGUUUCUAAUGUUGAAUAUUUCUAAGUACAAUUCAUAUUCUAAAUUUUCAUUAUAAUAUUGGUCACAAUUUAUUAGAACAUUCAUUAUAUAUAUUUAAUAAUAGACAAUAACAAGAGAGUUAAAAUAAUAACGUUUAAUUAAAAUGCAAUCAAUUCUAAAAGACGACAAUGUCAAAAUAUGCUAAUGAGCUUAAAUAAUUUAUAUAUUAUUUUAAUAAUUUAAAUAUUAUAUAAUAUUUAAUCAAAGCAAUAUAUAAUACAUAAAUACCACAAGUUAUAUUUAAAUUAAUAUUUAAUAAUUAUAGUUUUUAUACAUUUUACGCCUAACGAUUAUACAUACAUUAUUUAGGACACGACCAAGAAAUACCAUACAUAAAGACAUGCCUUAUUUUAUACAAAACAGUUUACUAUCUUUUUCUUCUCUUUUUGACCGACCGAUUAUUAUUUGGGUUAUUAAGGAGCUUUACCAAUAAAAAAAGGAAAUAAUAUAAUAAAUAAUAAUGUUCGAAUAAUACAUUAAUAAUUGUCGACUACCUCGCCAAGUGAUCGAAUGGUCUUUAAGUUCUAUUUUUCCUUAUUUUAUUUUUACCAUUAUUUUGUAACAAUUGUGAUUUAUAAUGUAAGUGGAUCGAGUCGGCUACGGUUACAAAGGAUGUUUGUUAUAUUUUUGUAAAAAUAGUAAUUAAUAAAUAUUAUACUGUAUCCCAUUUUAUGCUUAAGAUAAUCUGUUUUGAAAUGUUCGUUUAAUAAAGGUAUUUGAUAUUAUAUUGUUUUAUUCCUAAAUAUAAUUAAGGUACCGGGUAUAUUGUUGUAAUCUAAUUAAAUUGACACACCUGUAAGACAGAUUAACGGGUGAACGUAAUUCCACUUUAAUAGUUGUAUGGUUCGGUCAAUAUUUGUCAAUAAAGUUAUGUCUUUUUCAAUUUCUUACGUUAAAUUUUUGAA